GAGGCAAUCGCUAGAGGGUGCCAAAGCACAGUCAUCUCGGAGCCGGAAAAACCAUUGUCGUUCAGUGUGUAGCAGCCGCGUUGAGGGGGCAUUUACAGUGCUAUUGUCUCUUGAAGUAUCUAAAUAACAAUCACCGUCGUAUUGUUUCUCCUUUGAGAGAAGCUCUGACAAGCACAACUGUUGAGCUAAAAGUAGAGCUCGUUAUGUUCAACCCGCACACCCAUCAACAGCAGCAGCAGUUCCACCAGCACCUGCGGCAGUUGCAACAACUUUUCCACCAGCAGCCUCCGCCGCCACCGCCGCCUCCUCCACCGCCACAGCCCGCUCCGGCUCAUCAUGUCGCCCAUCACCAUCACCAGACACCACGAGCCAUCCCUGUGCCUCCACAUACAGCGGCGCCUCCUCCCAGAAUGGUCAACCUGUGCCAGGCAACCCAGACCACCAUUAUCAGCCCCAAUCCUAUGCUCCAGGGAGCCUUAAUGAUGCAGCAGAUGCAAGGUAACAUGCGGGGCUUUGGAAUGGCCGGACAACAGUUCCGUCAAUUCUUCACGGCGACAAACAGGUCUCUGCUGGGGCCGGUACCAAUUGGCAUGGCAAUGAAGUCCCCCCUCAUGGGUUUCCCUGCUGCUGCCCGGCCCUUCCACCCUCACCCUCGCUUCUACAAUAAUCCCGCCCUAACCACCAGCGCGGCCGGCACAAGCACGGCCACCACUUCCUCUGUUACCGCCACCAGCACAGAUGCCGUUGUUCCGCAGUCGGACAAGAAAAGUGACAGCGAGCAGAUGGCAGACGGGCGUACAGCUGACAUUCCAGCAGUUAACAAGGACAGGACAACUGAACCAGAUGGUGUUCUGGAAUGGGUCGAUGGAUCUGCACAGAGCUUUGAGGAACAGCUUGAAGAACCUGCAGUGAAGAGGCAGAGGAUGGAAGGGUCUGAGGAGCCUAAAGAGGAUGCUGUUCUCAACACUGCAAAUUCAGAUGGCGAUAAUCUCGUUUCAGAAUGUAACAUAGAAGGCAGCCAGCUUGAUGACUGCCUUCUAGAGGAAAGAGGCCUGACACCAAGUUCAGGACCUGCUGAGGGAGUGGAGGAGUGCCAUGCCACCCUCGUGGGUGAUGGUGAGCCAUCAGACAAACAGGAAGCAGAGGGGAGUGCCGCAGAGGGUGUCAACAAGUUCUACUGCUACCUUUGCACCAUUACCUGCCACAGUCAGGAAAACUUUAGGAGUCAUAUGAACAGCGUUUCCCACCAGCAGAGGAUGAUGGAGAUUCAGCAUAUGAGCAACGCUUGCCUGGUCACACUGCUGCCACGAUUGCACGAGACUCUACAGGGGACCAGUAAAGAUGGAGAGAAAAAAGCAGACACGCAGCGCUGGUGUGCCACCUGUUGUGUUCACUACUCCACCAGUAUCUCGGACCAUCGGCGCACAGAGGAGCACAAAUUUGCGAGCAGAGCAGCUGUGUCGUCCUGCAGCGUAUGUAAGAAACACUUCAGGAGCUCCAAGCUAUUUGUGGCACACUUACAGUCCCAGGAGCACCGCCAGAGAUUAGAGAAGGAAAACUCUGUCACUUCAUCCAAGUUGCUGGACAAAGACGGUUUUGACUUGGAGGAAGAGAAGGAGGAGGAUGAUAGGCGCGACCCGGAUGAAGAAGACUUCCCUGAGAACCAGGAUGGAUGGAGCUCAGGUAGAGAGGUUACUCUGAAGGACAUGGCGAGUGAUGAGCAUUACGACCCUGACACCAUCUACGGGUCCAGCUUCUUUGUGCCCGUGGCCGGUUUCAUCUGCCAACUCUGCAACAAGUUCUACCAUUUUGACUCGUCGGCAUUACACACACACUGCAAGUCCCUCAAACACUUUGACAACCUCAAGAAACAUAAAGAAUCGCUCGAUGAAAACACCGGCAACAACAACCGCACGUCUUUAACAGGAACUACCACAGACUCUCUGGAAGGUGAUUGCCCCUCCAGUAACGCAGACUCAGUAUCAAAACUCAGCAGUACAGAAAACCAGCUCCAGGACAAUGCAGAGGAGCCCGGCACUUGUCAAACGUCGAAGGCUCCAGCCAAGCUCCCUGCUGACAGCACUGAUCUGCCAGCCUCCAAUGACAACACCAAUGAAGAAAACAAUGAAAAUGCUUUGCCGAAGCCAAACACCAGGCGCAGGUCCGGUAGGGCCGCAAACAGGCGCUGAUGGACGGAUGACAGACUUGACACCUCCUCAAAGAAUCUCUCCAUUUAAUCUUAAAUGUUAUGGUGGAGCAUGUCACCGAAAAAUGAUGGGAUGGACUAUUUCAAGGUGAGGAAAAAUUAGCCCAAUCCCAAUGAGACAAAAUUAAAUUGUGGAUUCAAAGGGCAAAAAUUAAUACAUACUCUAUAUUAUUGACACAUUUAUUUGCAAGGAAGGGUUCCUUAAAUUGAUAUACACUUGUGGGAACUAAAGGAAAAUUAUUUGUUACUAGUACUUUUGGACGCUCAAAAGUCAAACUCCCCAAAAGAUGUACGAUUUGUAUUUUAACCAUAAUGUCCGGGAAAAAAAAAACAAAAAACUUCGGUAUCUAAACCAGAAACUCUCUCAAGAUGUCAGCACAGUGAACUACUAAAAGAAUUUAUUCCCCAAGUGUAUUUGCUUUUUGUGGAUUUUUAAAUAAUAUCAACUACAUGACUAAUCCUACCCAUCUGAUACAAGCAAAAAGGGUAAACAAAUAUAUAUACAAAUUUCAUGAGCAACCGUUUUUGAGUACUCACCAAUGCCUGUAAGAUGCCACUAGGGUACACGAAACGACUUUGUGUUCCCCUCCAUUGUGUCUGUACAGCUUUAUUUGAAAGCUUGUCCAUCCAGGCAGAUUUAUGCUGCUCACAAGACUGCUUGUAUGUCAUGAUGUGUUUCAAAUCACAUUUGACCAUCAGUGUUUAUUAGUGGCAUUUUGGUGUCACAUUCUAGGUGUUAUUUAGUGAAGUUUUGAUAUUUGAUGGACGAAAAAAGGCUUGAGACUGCUUCUUAAACCACACACAGUUUAUUUUGGCUUCACUUUUUGCACCAUUCUGUUAUGAAAGGGGUUCACUAAUGCAUCACUUCCUUUUUCUUAACUGUUCCGGAAACAUUUCAUCCUCAGUUGUAGUUAUUUAGAGCCAAAGUCUUGCUCAUAUGUAGCAAAGCUUGACAUCACCCUGAUGACCAGGCACAUGAUUAGCACAAGCCCCCGCCCCCCUCCAUUGUUUUUGUCCGCAGGAAGAUAUAUAUUGUAGCUCUGAAUGAUGUGAUUUCAAAACAAAUCUUGUUUCUUAUGACUAUUUUUAUUCAGCUACAGACAAAACUGAAAUCAAGAUGUUUUCUAAAAUGCUGAAUGUAUUUUUUUGAUGUCAUUUUGAUUUAUAUUAAAAUGUCUCAUUUCCCAA